UUUCGCCGACGCCCCGGUGUUCCGGUACCACUCUAACUUCGUCGGACUGUCAGAGAUGCUGCGGGAGCCGUCGCCUCGCGGGCGGCGCGAGCAAAUCGGAAAUGACACCGGCGGAUAAAUCGUCGUCGGCCGAGCGAAUCGUCACGAAACGCGAAGCUGGCGGUGGGUGCCCGCCGCCCAUCUGCACCUAUCCGUCCAACCGCUGCGACGACUCGCCCGAUGUGGAUCACACGUCGUCGAUCGGCUCAUCCUGCCGUCCUUCGCGAUGUAGCGACGACCACUCGCCGCCUCAGCGCUCGUCCUGCUGCCAGCCGUACGCCGACUCGCCGCUGCGGCCGAUCCUGAAGAAGAAGCACGGCUGUUGCUGCGGCCCCCGCUGCAACGAGUCCCCGGGUCCCUCUUGCAUGUGCCAGCCGAUGCCGCGCGGCUGCAACUGCCCGCCGCCGGUGCGGGUGGACGCGCGCGCCGCGAAAGAAUGCACCUGCGACUGCCCGUCCAGUCCGGAAUGCGCGUGUCCACCUAGCGAGCGAAGAUUCCCCAGGACCACGAGGACCUGUCCCAACGCGCGCCUCUGUCGGCCUUUCCAGCGCCCAUCAGCCGGUCCCAAGUGUCCCAGAGACUGCACGCGUUACCAGUCGUGUCUGCCGCCACCCUGCGAUCCGCCGUGCGCGUUCAGCGAAUGUCGGCCACCAGCUGCAACGAAGGUUACGAGGAACGAUCCUUGUCGAGCGUGCUCCCCGUGUCCUUCGUGUCCACCUUGCCGAGCCGCUUCGCCCGCUUCCACGAGGUCGUCAGCUUGCCGGCCGCCGACAGCAUGCGGCAAGCUGACCACCUGCGACGAACGUCAAGGACCUUCACCGUGCCCGCGAACAGUGCCGAGCCCGAUGGCGCUAAUAAUAUCCUUCGCUCUCCUGAUCGUCGUCGCGGUCGCCUGGUCCGCCGGCUUGCUCUUUCACCGUCGUCACUUAUCGCCCAAGAGAAUCUGCUGGGGACGCUUGGGCCUGUGA